AUGAUGAAACCAAGCCAUUCUAACAAUCAACCUGCUACUACUCCGCAAUUUCUAAAUGACAUUCUCAAGCAAUUAACCAACAAGUCAUCAAACAAAAAUUCCUUUCCCGUUGCUCCCUCUUCAAUUGUGUCGAAUAACAAUACAGCCACACCUUCGAAUAAUAGACAGGCAAGGUACUCGUCUUCCAAGAAUAACAAUAGAAAAUCAAACAAUAAUGUAAAUAACGGACACAGAAAGAAACGAAACAUUCAAAAGCCAAUUAAAAUCAUUCAAUCGAGAAGUUGGUUUGGCAGUGAAGACGAUUGGCUGCAGGGAAAUGUUGUUCCUGUUCAAAGUCCAAGUUUCUUGUUGUUCAAUCAAACUGAUUCAUCAGUUUUAAAACAAGAUUCGAAUAAUAAACAGAGUGUCGUUUCUGCUUUUGAUUUCUUCAAGAUUCAAAGGAAGGAAAGUAUUGCUGAACUCUCUCAAAACAACAACUCCUCUCUUAAAACAAUCAUUGCCAAUACAGAUCAAUCAGUGUGUCCAAUCUGUGAAGAAGAUUUGGAUAAAUCAUACGAUUCUCAGAGAAUGAAUUGGGUUUUGAGUGAGGCAGAGUUUUCACCUUCUCUGCAAUUAUAUGUCCACUCAAAUUGUUCCAAUUCAAAGAAGAGAAAAGUUAUUCCAAAUCAUUCAUCAGUCGAAACUUUGAAAAAGGUGAAAAUUUGA